AUGGCGGACAGCGACAGCGACGAUGAGCUCAUGAGCCGCCUGACCAGCAUGGGCAUGGGCUUCGCGGUCAGCUCGGGCGAGGACUGCGCUUACUGCGCGACGUCCAAUGCCUCGCUGUCCUGCAGCAUCUGCAACAAAGCCUAUUACUGCAACGAGGCAAAGCAGACGUGCAAGAGGAGACACGCUCGUGCUCACCGCAACCUCUGCAUAAAGAUGAGGAUGGAGAAAGAAGCGGCCGAGGAGGAGGAAGAGGACGAAUCGGAAGAAGAAGACGACGAGAGCGACUCGGAGAGUGAAGAUGUGGCCCACGCCCCGCUGUCAGUAGGUCGCAAAGCCAGUGGAGGCAUCGCCGUCCCUGGACUUACACCCAAUCAGAUCAAAAAGCUGCUAGAUUUGGCAACAAAGAGCGAUUCCGCCAGCACGAGCUCGUCUAUUGACAAACUGCAAAAGCAAAUCUCGCAACUUAUGGCAGACAAAAAGAUUACCGUGACAAGAGAAAGAGGCUCUUCUGGCGCUAGUUUGAAGGAGAUUAAGGCGCUGCAACAGAAACUCACGGAGCUGGAGACGAAGACACAGAGCGUGGCUUAUGCGUCUCAGUCGGGAGGUAUGAUGACGGUGGCUAGUGUGUACACGCCGCUACUGGUGAAGGACGACCCGGAUUUUAAAAAAUAUUUCAAACUGAAGGGCUUGGACAUACCGAUUGAGCAGAUCAAGGCGAAGAUGAAGACCGACGGCUUUAGUCCUGAUCUACUGGACACGCCCGAUGCCAUAUCGCCCAACGACUCGGGUCCGGAGAAGGGAGCCUACACCCCGAUGACUGUGGCGGAAGACCCGGCGUUCACAAAAUACUUCAAGUUGAAGAGUAUGAACAUGUCAAAGGACCACAUCAUGCUGAAAAUGGAGGCUGACGGCGUGGAUCCGACACUCCUGGACACUCCGAACAAAGUGUCACCGAACGACCCUGGUCCUCCGAUGCAAUUCUCGUCCGGGUAUUCGUCCAAUGGGAUGGCACCGCUGUCUCCACUGCAAGGAAACGGGGGCUUUAGCUGGCCUUCAAUGCCCGCUGCGGCCCCCGUUGUCCCGUACGACCCCCUUAAAGUUCGAGACGACCCGAAGUUUCAGAAAUAUUUCAAACUGCGACAAAUGGGCAUGGCUGACGAGCUGAUCAAGCUCAAGAUGAAGGGGGAAGAGGUGGAUCCGGAUCUUCUCGAUCGUCCAGACGAGGUGUCGCCCAAUGAUCCAGGUCCACCGGUUCAAGCCCCAGCCUCUCCUACUGGCCCAGUCUCAAUGGAACAGCUCUUCAGCAUUCUGAUGCAGCAUCAGCAGAUCAUCCAACAAGUAUCAAACGGAGGAACCAUAAGCGGUGGCGCACGUGGUCGUGGCAGCAGCGGUGGAGUGGAUGGGAUGCCACUGCGCUCAGUCGAAGACCAAAUGGCCCAAGAACUCGCCGCUGCAGAGAGUGCAAUCGACGACAUCUUCGGAGAUGAAUCCCAGCAACCAAAAGGACCUGGCGGUAUGAGUAUGAUCGAACAGUUGGAGAAGAAGGCACGGAAGGAAAGCAACAAGAAGCUCGUGGAGAACCGAGAGGAAGUUAAUCGCUUAAUCUCCAAGCUCCUGACAACGACGCUGUCUACCGAUGAAGACGCGAUCUCUUUUUACAAGGCAAUUGGUCCGAAACUCGAGGACUACGGUCUUUCUCUCGGAACGGACUCGGUUCAGACCUGGUCAUCACGUCUUCUCAUCAAGAACAAGGACACACGCGACUGGUAUUUCUCCGAACAAGAGCGUCUGGAUGCUGGAAAGGCGUAUGGACGUCUUUGGGGGCUUUCCUUCUUGGAACGUGACGCCGGCCAGUUGAUUGCCAAGCGUGUGCAGAUCCUUAACGCCCCUGCUACCAUGCGCGCGAUUGCCAAAGGGAAACCGGAACUGAUCGACAAGUUCACGCAGUUAUUGAAAGACGCGGUGAAGCUCAAGCACAAAGUAUUUAAGAGCGGCUCGUACGCAGCAGAAGUGCGUCAACUGCACACGCUCAACAUCCCCGAGCGCUUUGAAGAGCGUGGCACGCAACUUAUCGACUCUGCUGCGGUGUUAGCUGAUGCUUCGAUGGACUUGGCGGAGGAAGAGUUCAAGUCACUGGAGAAUGCCACACGAGCCAAGAGGAUCCGAGCGAGAGCUGUCGUGCAUGUGGCCGAGAAGGCCGUGACAUUAGUCGGGAUCGUCAAGAAGAUUGGCGCCAAUGGAGUGAAUGACGUGCGACUGCGAGAGGUGGAAGCAAACUUGGCGAAGAUUAAGGAACUGUAUCUAUCAGGAGAGAAGGAAGAGGAAGAAGAAGACGACGUGCUGUAA